AUGGUCCAGAAGAGGCCGUCAGCAACGCCUGACAGCCGGCAGUUGUUUGAAAUUCCAUGGAUGUUAUGUCUUCCGACAGUGGCUUUGCUGUAUGCACUGGUGCAGUUGCACUAUUGGGGUGUGAACAACACAAAUGAUACGUUGUGCAAGAACAUGAAUGCAUUGGCGGUAUCCGCAUUUUCGUUUGCAGUCCGCCGAAAUCUGGAUGAAGUCAAGCCGCAGCUGGAAGGUUUCAGCAAGAAGAUUGCUGAGUGGUGGAGUGCAUGCAAGUCAUUCGUGCCUUCUUUCCUGGCACAGAUGGAGCUGUGUGUUCAGAUUGCAGACCCCACUACGAAAGCAUGCGGUCGCGUGCCGAUUAACUUGUCAGUGGUGCCCAGAGUUCUGUGCUUGCUUGGCGCAGGAAUUACUUUGUUCUUUUUUCUGAGGAAGACAACUACAUUGACAGAACGUCACAAAGUCGCAAGAACGAUGAUUGUGAUAUGUUGUGCUUUCUUCAACUUGACUUGGGCUGGGCUCGCCUUCGUUGACGACGUGGUGUGCAUGGACAUAUCUGACUCAAGAGAAGCCCUUUGCCAUUCAAUUGUUUUGCUGCUUGCCUUGAUGGGCUUUGCCUGUUUGCCGCAGCAUCUUUGCGCAUGGGAAGCAUCACUCCCACAUUGGGCGUGCUGGGUGAGUUUGUGGGCGCUUGGGAUGAUACUGUCGUUUUGGCAUGCAGCCAUCAUAGUGCGGCACAUGUCUUGGAUGCAUGUUAGGAUGUCGUUUCUCUGUUGGUUUGUAGUUAUUAUAGUUGUACCACUUGGGCUAUAUGCGCUUGACAAGAGGGAGGAUGAGGACUCGGCAAUGCAACCACUCAUUAAACCGGAGGCAUUUGCAGAGCCGUGA